CUCCUCUCCCUUUACAGCUCCCCUCUCAAAACCUCCUCUUUUUUUCCUCACAGAAAACAUGCUGGGAGGAGAGGAGGAGGAGGAGAGAAGAAGAAGAAGAAACGCCUCAGAAGCGACAAGAGAGUAAGGAAGCGGGGAAAGUUGUUAGAGGCGACCAGAUGGACAUGAGGAAGGAAGGGGGAUCUCCGAUGCGAUUUUAGGAGGUAACUAAACAAAUAGAUGAAUCAAAGCUGGUGAUAGAAAGAAGACAGGGCGCGUCACCGCGGUGCGUGGACGAGAACAAGACAGCGGCGGUGGGUCCUGUCUGUCUGUGAGCGUGGAUCUGGCUCCUCAUGCGCCUCGGCAACUUUUAAGGGGCCUCCAAGAGGAAAAAAGGAGGCGAAAAAGCAGCUUUGGAGGAAGGAAGAGCUCGUCGAGCCCCUCCAGAGGAGUUCCUCUCGCAGUAAUCGGGGUUAAGGCGUUGGCACCCGGGCAGGGGAGUCCCUCGUCAUGGCCGGGGCCAAGCCGGGAGUCCACGCGUUGCAGCUCAAACCCGUGAGUGUCCACGAAGAGCUGAAGAAGGGGAGCAAGUUCAUCAGAUGGGAUGAGGACUCCAGCAACCCUCAACCAAAUCUGGGGACCCUCAAAGUUGACCCAGAGGGAUUUUUCCUAUCCUGGAUUCCAGGGGCCGGCUCGGAGUCCGAGAUCUUCGACAUAAGCACAAUCAGGGACAUAAGAGCAGGAAAGUACGCCAAGGAGCCAAAGGAUCUUAGGUUAAGGGAGCAGCUGCGCUUCGGUGAAGAAGCCAAUGAAUCGAAGCUGCUAACCAUCGUCUACGGACACGACCUGGUGAACGUCUCAUUCGUCUGCUUACUUUCUUUGUCUGCGGAAACCGCAAAGAUUUGGACAGAAGAGCUUUUCUCCUUGGCUACAAACAUACUCUCCCAGAAUGCAUCGAGGAGCACCUACCUUCUCAAAGCGUACACUAAACUAAAGCUUCAAGUGGGUUCGGAUGGGAAGAUUCCUUUGAAGUGCAUUCUGAAGAUGUUCUCCGAUAAGAAGAGGGUGGAGACGGCUCUUGAGCAGUGUGGCCUCCUCAACCACAAGUCAGAAGGUGUAAAACCAGAGGAUUUCACAUGGGAGGCUUUCCUCAAGUUUCUCGACAGCUUGUGUCUCCGACCUGAACUACAAAGUGUCCUGGAGGAAUGUGGCGCUAAGAGGAAACCAUUUAUCUCUCUGGACCAGUUCAUGGACUUCAUCAACCGCAGGCAGCGAGACUCCAGGCUGAAUGAGGUGCUGUACCCCCCGCUGAAACGAGAGCAGGUCCGACAGAUCAUGGAGAAAUAUGAGACCAACACCAGCCAGCUGGAAAGAGACCAAAUCAGUUUGCAGGCUUUCAGUCGAUAUCUCGCCGGUGAGGAAAAUGGCAUCGUACCUCCAGAAAGGCUUGACCUCAUCGAUGAUAUGAACCAGCCGCUGUCUCAAUACUUCAUCAACUCCUCUCACAACACAUACCUCACAAUGGGUCAGCUGACGGGUAAUUCAUCGGUGGAGAUGUACAGGCAGGUGCUGCUCACUGGCUGUCGCUGCAUCGAGCUGGACUGCUGGAAGGGCCGACCACCAGAUGAGGAGCCCUACAUCACCCACGGGUUCACCAUGACCACUGAGAUCCCAUUUAAGGAGGUAAUUGAAGCGAUAGCAGAGAGUGCCUUCAAGACUUCCCCUUACCCUGUCAUCCUGUCUUUUGAAAACCAUGUUGACUCAGCUAAACAGCAGGCCAAGAUGGCGGAGUACUGCAGGACGAUUUUUGGAGAUGCCCUGCUGAUUGAUCCACUGGACAAAUAUCCGCUGGUCCCAGGUCAGCUGCUUCCCUCACCCCAAGACCUGAUGGGAAAAAUCCUUAUCAAAAACAAGAAGAAACAUCUUCAUAACCCUGCAGAAGGAGGCAGCAUACGGCGCAAAGAGCCCGGGGAGCAUUCAUCGCCCACCAACGAUUGCCCUCUAACAGACAGAGAAGGACAGCAGCUCCUGUCCAAUGGCGAGCAAAAGCUGGCUGAGAGGGCGGUCAAAGAAUUGGGGCCUCGUAAGUCCCUUGGGGGUGAAGGAGAAAGUGAGGAGGAAGAGGACGAUGAGCCUCCGCUGGACCAAAAAAAACCCACAUCUGAUGAGGGUACAGCCAGCAGUGAGGCAAAUGCCACUGAAGAGAUGUCCAAUCUUGUCAACUAUAUCGAGCCUGUUAAAUUCAAGAGCUUUGAGGUGGCAGCUAAGAGGAGGAAGUUCUUUGAGAUGUCCUCGUUUGUGGAAACCAAAGGCAUGGAUGCCCUGAAGAACUCUCCCAUUGAGUUUGUUGAGUACAAUAAGAACCAGUUGAGCCGGAUCUACCCCAAAGGAACGAGGGUAGACAGCUCCAACUACAUGCCUCAGCUCUUCUGGAACGUUGGUUGCCAGAUGGUGGCGCUGAACUUUCAGACUCUUGACCUUCCUAUGCAGCUGAACAUGGGCGUAUUUGAAUAUAAUGGCCACAGUGGCUACCUGCUGAAACCAGAGUUCAUGAGGAGGACAGACAAACACUUUGACCCGUUUACGGAAAGCAUAGUAGACGGGAUUGUUGCCAAUACAGUCACAAUUAAGGUGAUCUCAGGUCAGUUCCUGACAGAAAAAAAGGUGGGUGUAUACGUGGAGGUGGACAUGUUUGGACUUCCAGCUGAUACAAAGAGGAAGUAUAGAACCAAGACCUCCAAUGGGAACUCCCUGGACCCUGUGUGGGAAGAUGAAACUUUUUUCUUCUAUAAGGUGGUUCUCCCUACAUUGGCAUCUCUGAGGAUAGCCGUGUUUGAGGAAAACGGAAAGUUUAUUGGACACCGAAUUCUCCCUGUGUCCGCCAUCAGACCCGGCUACCACUACAUCAACCUGAAAAAUGAGCUUAACCAGCCACUUUUGCUGCCCUCCCUGCUGGUUUAUACUGAAGCUAAGGACUACAUCCCUAAUGAACACCAAGAAUAUGCUGAGGCUCUGACCAACCCCAUUAAGCACAUCAGUCAGUUAGCCAGGAGAGAGAAACAGCUUGCCGGUCUCCUGGAGGACAAUAUUGAGCAACCCAAAGAGGGAGACAUCAGCAAAGAGACGGAGGUGAUCCCAACAAAUUCACUCCCAUCUCCGCUCCAACCGCAUCCCCUUAGUCCUCCAGAUGAAUCUCCAGACAUCCCCAGGUUGCCCGCACCAGUACAAACCCCUAAGGAGGACCUGGUAGCCACUGUGCUCACAGAGAUCCAGUUUCUGUCGGUGGAGGACCUGAAGGCGCAGAAGACUUACACUAAACUGAUGAAGAAACAAAUGAAAGAUCUCAGUGAGCUGCGGAAGAAAAACCUAAAGAAGAUUCAGUCUGAAAGUCAGAAGAAGCGCACCAUAAUUGAGAAAAACUUCAAACGCAGCCUGAAGAAAAGUGAUUCCCAGGACGGGGUACAGCAGGACCUGGAGAAGCAGAAGGUCCAGCUCAGGGAGCAGCACAUGCAUGAGCUCCUAACACUGCGCCAGGAGCUUUACGAGCAGGAAAAACAGAUGCAGCAACAACAUCUGACAGAGGCCUUUCAGAGGCUAAAACAGACGGCAGCUGAAAGCCACAGUGCUCAGCAGAAGAAGCUUAAAGAAAUCUGUGAGAAGGAGAAGAAGGAGCUCCACAAGAUGCUGGAAAGGAAGCGAUUAAACAGCAUUGUUGAAGCCAAGGCCAAAGACAAGGAGAAGGCUGAAAUGGACCAAAAUGAGAUCAACAGGAAACACAUUAAUGAGUCUGUCGACACCCUCCGCAGGAUGGAGAAGGCGCAGAGCAUGAGACAAGAGAAGUUCGCACUGAGGCAUCAGGAGGUGCUGCAACAGUUGGAAACCCUGCUUCCACAGCUUCAGUCCCAGCUGGAUCGAGAACUCGAGGAGGAGUACCGUCGACUGCCAGACGAGAUCAGUCAGCACCUUCAAUUGGACCGACAAAACAAAGGCAUCCACAAUGAUUCUGUUUUCUCUCCCCCGUCCAAUCUCAGUAGCCCCAGCUCAGGCACGCCCUCCAACUGCUCCACACCCUGUUUCCAGUCAACGCCCUUUCGGAGAAGCGUGAACAAGAGCUUGGACAAUAGUCACACCUCGCUGGCCGAUUCUACAUCCUCCCCAACCACUCCUGGGGUGUCGGAGGCUGAAAUUUCUUUCAACUAGACUUCUUAAUUUUACAGAGAGAAAAAAACAAGAUAGGGGUCUAUAGUGAUCAUAUGUGGGGUAGAAAUGAUUAUGGAUUAUCUACUAAUUCUAUUCUUCUCUCCAAUCACUGUUUUGUGCUUGUCUACAGAGCUGUAUUUUUUAUUUUGCUGUUUUUGACAAUUUUUUGGUUUAAAUUUUCAUUAGCACUAUAAUCAAACUUUUCUUUUUUAGACAUUUUUUAAAAUGUCUUUUUUUUUUUUUUUUUCCUGCAUCUUUUUCAUUGUCUUGCAGUCAGUCAGAUUUGCUGCUUUAUGGCAACAUGGUGAAGCUGAACCUUUGUGUUUUAAACAUCUUUAACCUCUUUUUUUAUAUAUUCCGGAAAGCUUUAAACUGUGUCGAGCAAAGUGGCAGCUGCUGGCAUCCGACACAUGUUUUCCUCAGAUAUGAUCACCAUUGAUAGAUUUAUUUUUAGACCCUUAUAUGUAAAAAUAUUUAGGUUUAACAAGCUAAAAUUAGCUUUUAAAAGAAAAAAAAGCUUUUUAAAUCCGAAGGUUUGAACUGUAAUGGCAGAAGCUGACCACUAGAUGGGGAUGAAAUUUUACCUUUUUUUUUUCUUUAAAUGGCAUUUGAGCUGGAUGUUCUUCCAGUGGUAUUUUACUGUACUUAACCAUUUUCACCAUAAUCUGCAUAAUGAUUGAUCAGAAAACUGUUUCCGGCCUUAAUCUUUAUUCAAAGCAGUUUAAAAAUGUCUUGGAUUCCUAAUUUGGGGUUUAAGAUGUAACAGUUGUUUUUUAAGUUUUAAAAUCUUCUUCACCCCAUUUCGUCAACUCCCUGUUGAAAAACAGAAAAGUGCUCUUGCACAAACUUAGAGGACAAACUUAGGUUAUCUUGAGAACACCUGAUGUGGGGGGUGUUGGUGUCAGAUAAUCCCCUCAUUGAUUCUUUUUAAGAACCUCGAAAUGGAAAUGGGUUUAAUUUGAAUGUGUGUUCGUGUGUGUUUUUUAACUCCUACAAGUGCUGUUGCAGCCAGGAGGAGGAUGAUGGCUAAAUUAGCAGCACUACUGUGGAAAAAAGGCACUCUGGUGACUAAAAGUUGCACAAUGACAUCUUAAUGUAACUGAGACUCUGUUUCAAUCCUGUGGUUGUUGUUUAAGGCUGAUAUAACUUUAUUUAAGCCUCCACUUCCAUAGCUCUACUGUUUUAAUUUGUCUGAGUGGACAUAAGAAAAGUUUUAUGUAGAUUUUAUUUCGAUCCCCUAUUUAACUCAGAGCGUUAGAAACGGGUGGUGCACACAGUUAAUGGUACAUUAGGUUUUUUUCCACCAAAGCUUCCAGUUUUUCUGUAUUUAAUUUGCUAUUCUCCUGUUUUUGUGUGUAUUUCCUGUUUGUCCACUCUGACUGGUGAAAUGAUGGUACUAUGUGUAGAUAAUCUAUGUACAUGAGUUUUACUACUGACUACUAAUGCUGGUGAUUGAUUGAGGUUAAAAUGGGAUUAGGGUAAAACCAAAAUGAGUCUAUUUUCUUAUUUUGUUUUAUUAUUUUUGUCCAGAGAAAAACGUUUGAAAAUAUUUAGGGAAUCCUCUUUGCUGUUAUGAGCGCUAGCUGCCUUUAUUUCUUAUUACCCUUUGGAAUUACAUAUCUGAUUGAGCUGAUUAUUUUAUGGUUUCCUCAAAUAAUGAAAGGUGUCCAUACUGGCUGCUGAAAAAUGGGUUUACAUCGACUGCAUGACAGGUUCAUACAGUGGCUCCUAAAUGUCUACACACUACUGUUAGUUAACCUUCCAGGUGUUUGAGGCUUAACAUAAUGAGACCAUGCUACAUCCUUUCCCAUCUUUUCCACCCUUGAUGUCACUCUAAUCCUGUCCAACUCAACUGAAAAAUCAAACAAAUCUGUUGUUGGAUAAAUAUAUAGCUGCAAUUACCUGGUUGCAUAAGCGUGCACAGGAUUAAAACAAUAUUUUGUUUUGAUAUAAUUAUAAUAUUCAAUAUGUUCUUUGGUAGGAGUCCAUCAGUAUCUUACAUCCUGACUUGGCAAUAUGUUCUCUGUCUGCAACAUUUCUCCAGGACACCUGGAGUCCACAGCCCUCUUCAGGUGACCGCAUGGAUUUUUGUACUCCAUACUUUCUAGACUUUAGCCAGGCCAUUCUCCUUUUUCAUCCAGUGAAGUCAUAUUUUUCUUGAUAUGGAUCCAAUAUUGGACUUGAUGUAAAGCUGAAAAAUAAUAAUACAUCUUCAUCUUCUUGAAGGUUUUCAAAACUGACUGCAACCCUUCUCCAUAGUCCAAAAAUAUGGAGAAUACAGAAAAUCAUGUAAAACACAACCCACACUUUUUGCUUUGUAAUUUACUGUAGCUCCUCUAACAGAUUUGUUUGAUUUUUAGUUGAUUUAUGUAGGAUGAAUGUCACAAUAAAGGUGGGAAACAUUUAAGAAUAAAUAUUCACGGUCUCAAUUUUUUAAGUUUAAAACACUGGAAUUUUAAAAAGGAUGCAAAAUUUUUUAAAUGCCACUGUUUUGUGCAGUUUGUCUGCACAACUCUAUAAUUUGUUCAUUUUAUUACCACAGCAGCUUUCACCUGCAGGGGUCAGCAUUUCCUUUGAAUGAAACCUCCUUGAGCUUUAAAGAUGAACAGAUGAUGAUUGUCAGGUGCUCUGCACAAACAUAAAGCUUUCUACUACCGAUUUAGAUGUGUGACUGUUAACACUCUAAAUCUCGACCAAAAAUAUCAACACAUUCCUCUCAGUCCGUACUGAAAUGGCCCGUAAUUUUAAAUUAGCAUUAUUCUGUUCUUUAAUUUGGACAGGAUUAUCAGGUACUCGCUCGUUUUGCUGCAGUUAAAAUGCACCUUGGCCAAUCUGUCUUGGAUGUUGAAACAUGUUCCCAUGAUGCAGAUGUCAAUACAACCACCUUGCAGUUACACUUACUUUUUGUACUAAGUGUCUGUAGCCUCCUGAAUACAUUUUUCAUAAUUAAGAAGGUUUUGUUUGGUAUUGCACUUUGAACUUGGACUUAUUUGGUUUUAUUGAGAAUGCAAAGAAAAAUCAAUGCUUCACAUGCACAUUAAUUUUAAACCAUUUAUUACUGAGGUUUAGUAAUCUAAAGAGGUGCAUGUAUAGGUAAAUGCCUAAUUGCUGGAUUUAUCUGUUUUAUUUUUGUGGUAUAAUAACUGCAGCAUGGGCCGUUCUUGACUGUAUUGGGCAGUCACUUGAGCUCUGAUACUUUACUGCUAUUAUUUUGAUUCAAAAUAUACAAAGAGCCCCAAAAAGGGAGAAAAACCUGCAUAAUGAAUUGCAUUCAUAAAUCUAUAUGAAUCACAUAAAAGUGCAAAAAAUAACUAAUAACAUCUUUAUUAGAUCAGCAGGACACUACAUUCUGAGGCUUGGAGAAAGAAGGAAUCAUUUCAUUGUGAUUUAAUGUAAAAUCACAGUACUGUCAAAAGGACUCAAAUCUGUUCAGUUUAGUUAACCCUGUGCAUGACUGCAUAACUUUGUUACAAAUUGCAUCAUCUGGGCAUUAUAUUCAGAAACAUUACCAGCAUUGAUGCUAGUGUCGUCAAAAUCACAUCAGAGCUGAAUGAGUCACAUGUUCUCUCAUGAAAGUAUCAUUCCAACUGUUAAAUCACAAACAUGUUUGUAUAAUUUCCAUGAUGGUACCUCUGGCUGAGUUCAGAGUAUGACUUGAUCACAGUGAGGCUGCCGGGUGUUGUCUAUAGUAAUGAGGUUUACUGGUUUGCUUAGAAGUUCCUGAUCCUGGAGGUAAACUUUUGUGCAACUUCAAAACUUCACUCAAAUCCAAAUAAUUGCUUAUUUUUACACAGAUGAUGGCUAUUAGCAUGGAUUACCUGAACUGCAGAAAAAUUGACUGCAAUAGUACACAAAUAAUACACAGCUAUACCUAUUGUAAUUUUUUAAUGAAACGGUAAAAACACUUGUUUAUUAUUUUUACUGCAGUUGUUUUAACUUUGUUAAAAUUACAUGUGGAUUGGCAUGAAAUGUGCCACAUGUACACAUUUAUUUUGAAAUGGUUAAAUCAGUGUUUGAAACUAACUCAACUGCUAGUGCUGGUUAGCAAUGGCACAGCAAACUGGUGCUAAAUAAGGCUUAGAAAUGUUUCAUUUAUUUUACCUUUUGGUUGGUCCCACUUACAUUUUAAUUGAUAUAAAAGUGCCAGACACCCAUAUCACAUGUUUAUAUUGCACUUUCAGUUAGUUACAUAAAUGGUUGUAAUCCUAAACUUCUUUUACUGCUAGUGCUAGCUAGCAAUGGGCUAGUACUAAUUAGCACUACAACCUAGCCCUUAUCAUGCGUGUAGGUUUGUGUUUCUAACUGUGGUUAGUAAUAAGUUAUUGUCUGUUUUCACUUUAUUGUCACUGCUAGUAAGGAAUAGAUUUGUUCUAAUGAGCAAUGGUACUGAAAACCACUUCUACUCAUUUGUGCUAGUGUGUAGAGCUUGAGCUAGUUAGCAGGCUAGUGCUAAUUAGCACUUUCACUGCAUAAUAGCCUUAAUAAUUGGUACAAGUCUGUAGUGCUACUGCCAGUUAGCAAUAGGCUAAUCCUAAUUAGUGAUAUUACUACAGAUUGGCACUAAUCACCAGAGCAAGUUUGUAGUGCCACAGGUAGUUAGCAAUAGUAUCAAUAAAAGCUAGGACUACAAACCAACUCGAAUCAUUUGGAAAACUUUAGUGCCUUCAUUACGAAUCAUUUGUAAAGUUUGCAAGCCCUGUGUUAAUUACUAAAAUGGCAAACAAUAUUUACCCACAUGCCAGCUAAUUAGCUAUAGCACUAAUUAAGUGCAACAGAUAAUUGGUGAUGGCCUAAUCCUAAUUGAAUCUAGCACUACAAGAUGGCAUCCAUCAUUGCAGGAUGACACGUGCAAGAUAAAAACAAAUGUAGGCAGAUCUGUGUGUUAAAUUUAUUUGGGACCAUCUUGGUUGCUUGUAUAUUUGUAGCACUAAACACACUGUUACAUAUUUUUAUUGAUGUAUCAUUAGCUACAGUGCUUGUCCGAUUUUGUGCCAAAGUAAUUUAUGGUAAGGCCAUUUUUUUAUGUCCUGAAUCAGGCUCUAAAAUAAUUAUGAUUAUUACCUCAUAUGAUCUUAGUAAUUUUUUUUGUUUCUUAGCACAAGUGUAUAGUGUGGUCUGUGAAGCUUUGGUACAAGUGAAGCACAGUCCAUCCUGCUGCUAUUAGUUUGUUUCUUUUCCAUCACAAGGAAGCAGCUGGGUUGUUUCUAUGUUAAGCCAUGAACUUUAGCUUCUUCUCUGUCCUAUUUAUGUUGCAAACUGGCAUUUAAUUGUAUGCACCAUACUUGCAGCAGUGUUCUGUUAGAUAUUAUGGGUGCUCAGCACUAAGCAGAAAUCUUUGACUUUCCUCUUAUUAGACAUUUGGUGACUGGUCGCCCUUGGGCCAACCCUGAGGCCUCUGGCUUACAUCUUUUCUCUCUGUUCUUCCUCUCUCAGCCUCGCUGUCACAUUUCUUUGCCUCCAGUUUCUCCCAGUAAUGAGACCAUAUUUUACUCCUGGACUGGUUUAAUUAAUUAGGAGAAUCAGUAGAGUGGGUUCACUUUAAAAAGUGGCAGAUGGCAAAAUACAUAAGACAAGAUGUGUUUUCAGUUUUCUGUAGUGUAUAUGACUGUCGGAUAUAAAGGGAAUACUAUACGGUGAUCCAGAUGUAAUAUUUUAUUGUUUCUUUCUAAUUAAUAAAGUAUAUGGGUGAACCUUUAGUAAUAAACUUGUGACUUUAUGGGAA